AGGAAAUGAGAAGCCGGCUAUCGGGAAUUUGGUAAUGUUACAUGCGGGACAAGAGGGAUCGUUUUCUCCGGUCAGAGGGCGACUAGCCCAGCAUGGCCCACCGGAUUUGAAGGACAGAAAUCCCUCUGACCAUUGGAUGGAGAAAGAUAAUUUGUCUAACAGAGGCACUUUAAAACCUGAGCAGAUGCCGUUGUGUGAUGAGGUGACGUUUGGACUGGCAGACGCAAAACCUAUCUCCAACUGUACCAGCAAAAGGAAGAGAAAAAAUUCUCUUUCCGGCAUGAAUACCUGUGAGAACAGCCUCCGAAGUUCUGGGGAGCAAGUUGAGAUGGUUGGCUGUGCAGAAGAAGGGCCACCCAAUCGGUCUCCCGAAAGGAUGCAAGGCGAAGACGAAAUAGCUUGCGAGCUCUUGGGAGCCAUGGCCACUCCCUCUGGACUUCUUCCUGGACCAAUCUUGAGCCCUAAGAAGCGAAAGCUGAUUUUGCACAUCGAUUUGAACAACACCAUCCUGGUCUCUGAUGCAAUUACCAAACAGGACCCCAGUGCUGCUUUAAACUGUUACCUGAGCACGGUGACCUGGGGGAAACUUAGCCACACAGGGGAAUGGCAGUGGGUCAGUGAGUCUCCCUCUUUGCAUCCUCCCUGCCAAGGUGCUGUGAGUUUCUAUUCCCAGUAUGGCCGCAACACCAAAUUCACAGAGACGCUCUGGGGGAAGAAAUUCCGGGACAUUCACAGGCAACACUUGAAGCUGCUGGAAUGGCAGGGUCAGCCUCACCCACAGCUCUCCAUCAAAGAGCAGGCCAAGCACUACCACUUGGUGCUGCCUUCCUUCUUCCGCCUCCUGGAAAGCUUGCAUCGAGAAGGGAGGGAGUUUGCGGUCAUCUUUCGCACCUUCGGCACAGACCUGCCUCGUGUCCUGCAGGCGGUGAGCUGCGCCCUGGAGGGGCAGCACCCUGGCUUCCCUGCCCUGGGAGGAAUCUCGUUGCCUAUAGAUCUCAGACUUGGAAAGAUACGUUGCAACAAGAAAAAAGUGGCGUUGAGCCAUGGAGCCGAGCAGCUCUCCAGCGACAACGGGUGCAGGAAAAUGUAUGCCUAUUUCAGCUCCCGGGAAGGCAUCAGUGGUUUCCAGGACCACUUUGAAUGGUGGGCUAAGAAUAAUUAUUCCAGCCAAGGUGGAAAGCCCAUUUGGGUCGAUCCUCAGGACUCCGGAGUCCAGCAUAUCUGUAUAGAUGAUAAUAUCCGACUGACUGAUUCCGACACCAUUGUGCAUCCUCAGGUAUUCUUAGGGCAAGGAAGUGACACUCCCCGGACAAUUCCUACUUCGGAGCUCUAUGACAUCUGUCUAGUCCAAACAGACCUUCUGGAGGCCAUUGCCGACGUGAACUAUUUCCGCCACUGCAUAAAACGCUGUGAAGAGAAUUAUGAGGGCUAUUUGUCCAGAGUUGGGGCCUGCAUCUAAAGGGGCUGGCUGAGCAGUUCCCAAGGCCCUUUGUGGUAAGGAGAGGAAAGAACCCGAAUCUCCCAGUUGGCUGCUGCUUGUCUACCUCCCAACGAAGUCAGUAUUCUUGUUUUGAUUUCCUGUCGAGCUGGAAGCUCCUUGAGAAGAAAGCUGGCCCUUCAAGCAAGGAAACAUGCUGCCUCUUUUCUCUGUUGCUGCCUGAAUCGGAGCAUCUAAAUAGAGGGGGGCUGUGUUUUAUUUAUAAUAUUUAUUCAUCACUUUGUGGGUGGGAUUUUCUUGCCCAACGGAUGAGUGAUCUCCAAGAAGCAGGUAACCAACUCACAAACUAACCCAGCCUUUCUCUGCAAACAUUAAAAUCAUUUCCAGCUCUUUUUGCUGGUGACUUGGCUAUGAUGACCUCUGACCUUGAAGCAUAAUGCCUGUGCUAAGCAAGCUCUGGAGAGAUAUCCUUCAAGGGCAGCCAAACAUGGAGUUCAAGAAGCCAUCGAUGAUUGUGGGUUUACUAGUUUUCUAUCGCUUCAGUUAUCUCUCUCUGCUGGAUUCCCAGUGUUUGAUCUGAGUUUUGCUCUCUGCCAGCAUUGAUCUUCACACAGAAAAGAACCCAGCUUUUUAGAAAGAAAUAGAGACUAAUUUUACUCGCUGGAGAAAGGUGAUCCAGUCUUUCCUUGACAACUAGCCCCUUCCAACUCUGUAGUGAAGAAAGCUUUUUUUUAAAAACCACACACACACAAACAUACUUUUUCUUGAUUCUUUUGCCAAUUCACUGUGUAUGAGGUCUUUGAGAAUAUCUAUAGCUCAGGGCAGAACUGUGAGGUUCUUGGUGAUCUCUGAGCUUGGUUGUUUUCUUGCAGACAUUUCACUACCAAAUUAAGGCAAGGUC